GCCAGCUAGUCAGUUAGCAGUAACGUUAGACUUUCAUUUUCGCUUUCUUGUUCAGCCACAGUUGUUGUCAGAAUAGGCUGCAAGAAGUUGAGCGAGAACAAGUUGAGGAGAACGCCACGCAGUGCACACUUGUAAGUAAACUUUAAUCGCACCCAAAUUGUAUCUGUUUUCGUUUUUCUUAGGAAUGUAUGUGGUUCUAGAACUUCUACCAGCCUAUCACGAAAGCAACUGUUCACUAGAAUUGUGUGGAUUAAUUUUAAUCGAUAGGCAAAGAUUCUAUCAGUUCUGUGUAAAACGAAAGUGAUACUAUUUUAGGUAUUUGCGCAGUAAAGCAGGCUACAUAAAACAUUCUUGAGUUGAUCACAUAUUUGUUUCAAGAGACAAUACCCAAAAUCUGAUUUUUGUAAUAACAUUGCACUCGAGGUGUGUGUAAAUCAGAGUAUGUGAGCGGAGUGGAGCUGGAGCGGAGCGAGGAGCAGAGCGAUCCCAAUUUGACUGGAGUGUGGAGCGAGAUUCCCAAAGGCUGAAGCGUCGGCCUUCCCCCCCCUCCAAUUUCGCUCCAAAGUAGCGCUCACUUCACGAGCUCAGGGCAUGCCCGGCCCAGCAUGCAUUUGUAGUCUACUUGUGUGCUGCUAUAGCCCCUUGCUUUAGCUACUGUCAUGGAGUUCGUUAAAUAUUUUCAUAAAGAAACUGAUAAAAUACACAGGUGCAAAAUCAAGGUGACUUACAAAGAUGAGGACCAAGAGACAGAGUGCGGUGAUGUAGUGUCCACAACUAAAGAAUCAUCAUGGAAUCUGAAAAGACACCGUUCCCGAAAGCAUGAUGGUGUACUUACUAAAUUAGAUGCACAUGCUAAAAGAAAGGAACGAGGUGGGUAGAUAACUAAGUGUGUCAUUGUAGCAAAGUAUUUAUAAACCAAAAAUCAGAUCGCUUAAACGUUCGUUCAUUUUUGUUGUAUUAUCUAUACAAUAGGCCAUAAUUGAUUUUGGUCCAAUAGGCCUAGCAUAUUCCCACAUUCAAGAAGCUUUGUUUUGAUUGGGUUAUUUUGCCUAAAAACCUUUUAGGCCUACCUAUAGAUUUUUUUUUUUCAACAACUCUGCCCAGCCUGUCAAGUAUGGGCAAAAUGAUGUUUAGCAUCCCCAGUGGCUCUGCAAGUGUGGAGAGGAUAUUAUCCGCUGCUGGCCUGCUCUCCAGGCGCCAUCGCAUAAACCUGACUGGCCAAACUCGUGUUUCUAAAAAUGUAUUCUAAAAAUGUAUUCAAAGGCACUAAUAAGUCAUUUUUCGUUUAAUUUGUCAUUCAUUCUAAGUAAUUCACAACCUAUAUGCGAAAUGUAUUGACUAAAAUGAUUUAAUACAACAAAAUGUUUUUUAAAUGCUGAGCGCUUAAUGUCUCUACCAGCCUAUUGUGUCGCACUCGCAAAUGCUUCACAAUGUAUUACAGUGAGGGAAAAAAGUAUUUGAUCCCCUGCUGAUUUUGUACGUUUGCCCACUGACAAAGACAUGAUCAGUCUAUAAUUUUAAUGGUAUGUUUAUUUGAACAGUGAGAGACAGAAUAACAACAAAAAAAUCCAGAAAAACGCAUGUCAAAAAUGUUAUAAAUGUAUUUGCAUUUUAAUGAGGGAAAUAAGUAUUUGACCCCUCUGCAAAACAUGACUUAGUACUUGGUGGCAAAACCCUUGUUGGCAAUCACAGAGGUCAGACGUUUCUUGUAGUUGGCCACCAGGUUUGCACACAUCUCAGGAGGGAUUUUGUCCCACUCCUCUUUGCAGAUCUUCUCCAAGUCAUUAAGGUUUCGAGGCUGACGUUUGGCAACUCGAACGUUCAGCUCCCUCCACAGAUUUUCUAUGGGAUUAAGGUCUGGAGACUGGCUAGGCCACUCCAGGACCUUAAUGUGCUUCUUCUUGAGCCACCCCUUUGUUGCCUUGGCCGUGUGUUUUGGGUCAUUGUCAUGCUGGAAUACCCAUCCAGACCCAUUUUCAAUGCCCUGGCUGAGGGAAGGAGGUUCUCACCCAAGAUUUGACAGUACAUGGCCCCGUCCAUCGUCCCUUUGAUGCAGUGAAGUUGUCCUGUCCCCUUAGCAGAAAAACACCCCCAAAGCAUAAUGUUUCCACCUCCAUGUUUGACGGUGGGGAUGGUGUUCUUGGGGUCAUAGGUAGCAUUCCUCCUCCUCCAAACACGGUGAGUUGAGUUGAUGCCAAAGAGCUCAAUUUUCGUCUCAUCUGACCACAACACUUUCACCCAGUUCUCCUCUGAAACAUUCAGAUGUUCAUUGGCAAACUUCAGACGGGCCUGUAUAUGUGCUUUCUUGAGCAGGGGGACCUUGUGGGCGCUGCAGGAUUUCAGUCCUUCAUGGCGUAGUGUGUUACCAAUUGUUUUCUUGGUGACUAUGGUCCCAGCUGCCUUGAGAUCAUUGACAAGAUCCUCCCGUGUAGUUCUGGGCUGAUUCCUCACCGUUCUCAUGAUCAUAGCAACUCCACGAGGUGAGAUCUUGCAUGGAGCCCCAGGCUGAAGGAGAUUGACAGUUCUUUUGUGUUUCUUCCAUUUGCGAAUAAUCGCACCAACUGUUGUCACCUUCUCACCAAGCUACUUGGCGAUGGUCUUGUAGCCCAUUCCAGCCUUGUGUAGGUCUACAAUCUUGUCCCUGACAUCCUUGGAGAGCUCUUUGGUCUUGGCCAUGGUGGAGAGUUUGGAAUCUGAUUGAUUGAUUGCUUCUGUGGACAGGUGUCUUUUAUACAGGUAACAAACUGAGCUUAGGAGCACUCCCUUUAAGAGUGUGCUCCUAAUCUCAGCUCGUUACCUGUAUAAAAGACACCUGGGACCCAGAAAUCUUUCUGAUUGAGAGGGGGUCAAAUACUUAUUUCCCUCAUUAAAAUACAAAUCAAUUAAUACAAAUUUUGACGUGUUUUUCUGGAUUUUGUUGUUGUUAUUCUGUCUCUCACUGUUCAAAUAAACCUACUAUUAAAAUGAUAGACUGAUCAUUUCUUUGUCAGUGGGCAAACGUACAAAAUCAAAUACUUUUUUCCCUCACUGUACUUUGUAGGCUAUAACCUUGAAAUAAUAAUAGCCUAAAUAAUUCAUGUUCAUUCCUUAGGCUCCCUGUCUUGCUCCUGACCUAUUUAGUGUUAACAGUGCCUUCGGAAAGUAUUCAGACCCAUUGACUUUUUUCCACAUUUUGUUACGCUACAGCCUUAUUCUAAAAUUGAUUAAAAAAAAUAAAAAUCCUGAUCAAUCUACACACAGUACACCAUAAUGACAAAGCAAAAACUGUCUUUUUUAAACAUUUUUGUUAAUUUAUAAUAAUUUAAAAAAAUGGAAAUAUCACAUUUACAUAAGUAUUCAGACCCUUUACUCAGUACCUUGUUGAAGCACCUUUGGCAGCGAUUACAGCACUGAGUCUUCUUGGGUAUGACGCAACAAGCUUGGCACACCUGUAUUUGGGGAGUUUCUCCCAUUCUUCUCUGCAGAUCCUCUCAAGCUCUGUCAGGUUGGAUGGGGAGCGUUGCUGCACAGCUGUUUUCAGGUCUCUCCAGAGAUGUUCGAUCAGGUUCAAGUCCGGCCUCCGGCUGGGCCACUCAAGGACAUUCAAGGACUUAAGGACUUGUUCUGAAGCCACUCCUGCGUUGUCUUGGCUGUGUGCUUAGGGUCAUUGUCCUGUUGGAAGGUGAACCUUUGCCCCAGUCUGUGGUCCUGAGCACUCUGGAGCAGGUUUUCAUCAAGGAUCUCUCUGUACUUUGCUCCGUUCAUCUUUGCCUUGAUCCUGACUAGUCUCCCAGUCCCUGCCACUGAAAAAUAUCCCCACAGCAUGAUGUUGCCACCACCAUGCUUCACCGUAGGGAUGGUGCCAGGUUUCCUCCAGACGUGACGCUUGGCAUUCAGGCCAAUUAGUUCAAUCUUGGUUUCAUCAGACCAGAGAAUCUUGUUUCUCAUGGUCUGAGAGUCUUUAGGUGCCUUUUGGCAAUCUCCAACCGGGCUGUCAGAUGCCUUUUACUGAGGAGUGGCUUCCGUCUGGCCACUCUACCAUAAAGGCCUGAUUGGUGGAGUGCUGCAGAGAUGGUUGUCCUUCCGGAAGGUUCUCUCAUCCCCACAGAGGAACUCCAGAGCACGGUGAUAGUGACCAUCGGGUUCUUGGUCACCUCCCUGACCAAGGCCCUUCUCCCCCGAUUGCUCAAUUUGGCUGGGCGGCCAGCUCCAGGAAGAGUCUUGGUGGUUCUAAACUUCUUCCAUUUAAGAAUGAUGGAGACCACUGUGUUCUUGGGGACCUUUAAUGCUGCAGAAAUGUUUUGGUACCCUUCCCCAGACCUGUGCCUCAACACAAUCCUGUCUCCGUGCUCUACUGACAUUUCCUUCGACCUCAUGGCUUGGUUUUGACUCUGACAUGCACUGUCAACUGUGGGACCUUAUAUAGACAGGAGUGUGCCUUUCCAAAUCAUGUCCAAUCAAUUGAAUUGAACACAAGUGGACUCCAAUGAAGUUGUAGAAACAUCUCAAGGAUGAUCAAUGGAAACAGGAUGCACCUGAGCUCAAUUUCGAGUCUCAUAGCAAAGGGUCUGAAUAAUUAUGUAAAUAAGGUGUUUUUGUUUUUAUUUUUUUAAUCAAUUUGCAAACAUUUCAAAAAACCUGUUUUCGCUUUGUCAUUAUGAGGUAUUGUGUGUAGAUUGCAAAAAAAGGAAAGAUUUAAUCAAUUUUAGAAUAAGGCUGUAACGUAACAAAAUGUGGACUGAAUACUUUCCGAAGGCACUGUAUAUACUGUUUAAAAUGACAUGUAGCCUAUUUGAAAUGAUGUGCGCUUCUUACAUCGCUUUUUCAUGUUUAUUGAAAUCGUAUUGUUUAGUUUCAAUACUUCAAAACCAAAUGGUAGUUCCAGGUAGUCACAAAAAUAGAUGGGUGUUGGUUAAAUUGUGAUUUAAAUUAAUGGAGCGAAUUUGGAGCGGCAGUUCUUUUUCUGUGAGCGCGAAGCGGUUUUUAGUGGAGCAGAUGGAAAGAACGGGGAGUGCCGGACCACUCCAUGAGCGGGAUUUCCAACCACUCAACUCCGCUCACAUACUCUGGUGCAAAUUGUUCAGUGUUGUCUGUCAGGUAAGGGCAGACUAGGUUGUUUGUCAAGCUAGGCCAAUAUAACUUUCAAUAUGCAGGGUGCUAAUGUUGAGAGAAAAAAGUAUUUAAAGAGGCAAUCUGCGGUUGAUACAUCCAUUUUUGGACUUAUAAAUUAAUGAUAUGAACCCAUUGAUUCUUGAAGAAUAUAACUUAUAAAUAAAUGCCUCAUGAGCUUGGUUCAACUGUGGUACCCCAUCAGAACCCCAAAUAUAUAAGCUUGUUUUACUCCAAUGUCUGUAAACAAAGUAAAUGUAAACAAACCUCAAAACAUAGUUUCAACUAUAAUUUUGAUAUCAUCGAUGGUCAGUCCUUGCAUCCAUAGCUCUGUCUAUACAUUUGAGAAUGGUUACAUUUCUACAGCCCCAUCCCUCAGCUUUUUACCAGAACAGGGGCAGGGAAAAUGCUUUGUUAUUGUUUAAACUGCUGCUUGCCGCUUUAAAGGAGUCUAAAGCCUAGUUUAUACCUGGCGCUAACAUGUGUCCUUUGUCUUGAUCUUGUCCACAUUCUGAUCGUGCCCACAUUUUCAGAAAUACAGUAUGUCUACACAUGGUAUUAAAAUGUAUCUUAUCUGUGUCUGCAUUGUGACCACAUUUCCUGGUCCCUCCCUGUAUGCAAAUUAUUUGACCGCUAUUCUUUCAAAAUAGUAUGUAUUUAUUUUAAGACACAUUGAUGCCAUAAGUCAAUGGUGCCACCUGUCAAUGAUUUUAGAAGCCGGGAUAAUGAUGAUUUAAAUGGUUUCACUCUCCAGAAUCGUCUACACUUGUAAGAUAUCCAGACACAAUGCGUGUCUGACUACCUCCGAAGGUGGUCAGGAAGAUCUGAUCACUAUCAGACCACAAUGCGUCUUUUAAUCGCCUACACCUGUCUGGAAAUGUGGGCACAAUCAGAAUGUGGACAAGAUCAGGACAAAGGAUGCAUGUCAGAACCGGGUAUAAACUGGGCUUAAGACAUGCUGAGAAACACAAGAACAAGAGUAAUAGAAAAGUGAGAAUCAACCCAGUCUCUCCUAAUAGCCAGCGAAAGCAAUUGCCUUUUCUAUACUUUAUGAUAACACAAUGAACAUUUUAUUUCUCAUUUCACACACAUAGUUGUUUUUCACAUACCAGCCUGAAGUGCAUUCUGUUCAAAUGGGCAAUUAAAAUGCUAAACCUAUGGUGUUUAGGACUGGCUGAAGUGAAAGUGACGUCUUGACUGGUGUAAGCACGGCGACUAAACAUGUCAGACGUAGAGGACAUGGAUGUGAGUAUAUGCACUUGUAUUGUGGACAGAUCAUGGAAAGUUUUUAUCCUAACAGAAUUUAACAGAGGAGAACUUAACAAUCAUUAUUUCUUUCAAGACAACCCCAACCCCAGAGAUGAGCAGAAACACUGAAGCCUCUGGACCUGAACAGCAAGGGCCCCAUGACUAUUCGCAAAUACAGGUUCAUGUUAUAGGUAUCAAAGGAUAGGGCCAGGGGUAGCAUAUGUUAUGUGGGUGUGACAUUAUUACAACCGGUGACAUCAUUUGGGUAUUUAGGGUUAACAUCUAUUACAACCGGUGACAUCAUUUGGGUAUUUAGGGUUAACAUCAACUAAAAUUAUUUUUAUAAAGGCCUACAAUGCUCUUGUGCUCUAAUUAUUAGGACUAAACACUUGUCUCGGGGUAGGCUACUUUUAUUUAGAAUGUGGAAAUGUAGGCUAUAGCAUAAAUGUAGGCUUUAACCACAUGUUGAGGAUGCACAACCGCUCACCGAUUGGACAGCUCCUCCAAUGCAGUUACACCUCCGACAUUGCCUAAACAAAAGCAAUGAAACUGCUAUGCAGUUGUCGGUUAUCGCGGGUAAGCGCUGGAACUGAUUGAAUCUCGGCCUUAGGCUGGGAUUCAAUACGAUCGUGCUUUGUCGACAAUGCACUAUUUAUACCUUAGGUAGUUUGCUAUUGAGCCGACGUGGAGCGUUUACCGUGAAUGUGGUCUCUGCGAAUGCGGUAUUGUUGCCUUUAACCUUUUACUGCAGUGGGCUAAAUCAGGGUCACACAGUGUUUCUUGGUAGUCUUAAACAAAUCUACUUUGAAACAAAAGUAUAUACCUCACACACAUGGUUAUGGGCUUAAAAAAAAGAGUGAAAUGUAUUCAAUUAUGAGUUUGCAUCCCAAUAUUACACUUUAUAUACAUCACAGAAGACUGAAAUAUAACAAAACCAUUGAUAUAGGAACACGGAUUUUUGGCGGGUUUUUAGAAAUAAUGUAUAUUAAUUAUAAAAAAUAUUAACAUUCCACCCAUGAGGCCACUAAGUCAUUUGACUGCAGGAAAGGGCUACAAGGUGCAUUGCCAACAAAGCAGGAUCGGCUUGAAUCCCGGCCUUCGCCUACUACUGGACUAAAAAGCAUCCUCAAUGGAGAAUCUCUAUUGAAAAUGCAUCUUUAGUCCAGGAAUAGAAUGGGUCCAGAACCUGGUCCUAAGACUCCAGUUCAGACCCACUAAAAGAGAGAUUUCACCAAUAUAAUAAGAACUGUAACUUUGUGAAGGCACAGGUUUAUGAUGAUUUUAAAAUAAAAGUACUCUCCACUGUCUCUCCCAGCCCACAGGAACACCCAAUGGCCAUGGAACAGUGAUACAGUCGCAGCCACAACGGUCUAGUGUUACUCAAAGUGCUUUGACUGAUAAGGUAAGGAGUUUUGUAGGACUCUAUUGUAGUAGACUAACACCGCUUACUGUAGCCCGGUAUCUAUUGAGAGCUGUAAACAGUGUAAUUUAACCCAUAAGAGUCUAACCCCUGUCUAAGCCGGGGGAGGGUGGGUUCUACUAAGAUAUAUGGAAUUGUUUUAAGAAGGUCAUACCAAGGAUAAUUUUUCUAUUUGAUAUUGCAUUUUAAGAACCCUUAAAGUAUAUAUAAAAAAAUUGGGCCUUACUGCUAUUAGCCCACACAAACACAUUGAAUAACAGAUUCACUACAUGGAACAGAUAGUCCCCCCAAAAAAUCUAAAGGAAGUUUGUUCUGAAGUGCUUGUCCUAUAUCUGAGAGAUAUAAGAAAGAUCAGGAAACAUUUGUUCUUUUUCUUGACAUGUAUUUAACCCCUUAUUUUUGGCACUAAACAGUCUCCAUACAGUGCUUUCAGAAAGUAUUCAGAUCCGUUGACUUUUUCCACAUUUUGUUACGUUACAGCCUUGUUCUAAAAUUGAUUAAAUUAAAUGUUUUCCUCAUCAAUCUACACACAAUACCCCAUAAUGACAAAACGAAAAGAAAAGGGUAGAGUGGCCAGACGUAAGCCACUCCUCAGUAAAACGCACAUGACAGCCCGCUUGGAGUUUGCCAAAAGGCACCUAAAGGACUCUCAGACCAUGAGAAACAAGAUUCUCUGGUCUGAUGAAACCAAGAUUGAACUAAUUGGCCUGAUUGCCAAGCGUCACGUCUGGAGGAAACCUGGCACCAUCCCUACGGUGAAGCAUGGUGGUGGCAGCAUCAUGCUGUGGGGAUGUUUUUCAGCAGCAGGGACUGGGAGACUAGUCAGGAUCUAGCGAAAGAUGAACGGAGCAAAGUACAGAGAGAUCCUUGAUGAAAACCUGCUCCAGAGCGCUCAGGACCUCAGACUGGGGCGAAGGUUCACAUUCCAACAGGACAUCGACCUUAAGCACACAGCCAAGACAACGCAGGAGUGGCUUCGGGACAAGUCUCUGAGUGUCCUUGAGUGGCCCAGCCAGAGCCCGGACUUGAACCCGAUCUAACAUCUCUGGAGAGACCUGAAAAUAGCUGUGCAGCGACGUAAAUGUAAUAUUUCAGUUUUUUAUAUUUAAUAUAUUUGCAAAAAUGUCUAACAACCAGUUUUUGCUUUGUCAUUAUGGGGUAUUGUGUGUAGAUUGUGAUUUUUUUUUUUUUUUUUUUCAUUUUAGAGUAAGGCUGUAACGUAACAAAAUGUGGAAAAAGUCAAUGGGUCUGAAUAUCUCCAUUAAUUUUUUCAACUGGUACUCUGGGACCUUCAGACGAGUCUUGUGAGGCCUGUGGGCGUUCUAGAACAAAACAACAUGUAGGCGUUCGUGAGAGUCUCACCUUUCCACCGAGGGGUCAUAUUAGUGUGUAUCCCAAUCUGUUCGGACACUACAGAGAGAAGUUGGCAGAUCAGCUGUGCUGACUUCAGACGAGUCCCAAGAUGUUUGUGGGGGGCAAAAAUGAGAACACCAUCGUGUUUGUGAGAGUCAUCCUUAGAGGGGUCAUCAUAGUUUGUAGGCCAAAUCGUUUGGACUCUACAGACGAUUUUGUGAGAAGACCGAUUUUCGGGAUGUCACAUGGUCUGACAAACACCGCUCUAGCUCUGUCACCUUUCACCACAGAUGCAUAAGUGUGACAUAGGCAGAUGCGGUGGAUUGAGACGCAUCCAAUGCAAAAAAGAACAUAUCUCUAGCUUAAACUGACAGAUUUCUAUGGGGAUUUGUUUAUUAUACUAAUAAUAAAGCUGUUUAUAUUUUUAUAAUACAUAAAUUAAUGUCCAACAAGGGCACACAUUCACCAGACAAAUCAAUAUUUUCAUAUGUUAUAAUCCAUAAAGUUGUCUCUCUAAUGAUUAACAUCAUAUUAAUGUUCUGUUAUUUCCAGGACCCAUAUCUUUAUCAAGGAGAUCAUGACUUUGAAGUGAAGCAUCCCUCAGCACCCCAGUAUGACCUCAGCAAUGUUAGUCAUUUAGUCUUUUGAUAGCUGUGAAAAUCUAAUGAACAUACUGUACAUGUUAAAUAAGGACAUUUCUUUGACUUGUUUUCUUUUUAUUGGUGUUUUAGAAUGUAUAUUUCCAUAAGGCUAAAAUUAUCUCUAAACCAUUAAUGUUGCUAGAUAUUUUACGGCAUUUACAAUAUUUGACAUCACUCUCCAUUCUCUAAAGCUUCAGUCAUCCUCUUCCAAAGAGAUCAAUGGAGAUUAUCCUGCUGAAGGAGAUGUCUCUACUAGAAACAAACAAUCACAGAGAGAUCCACAUUAUCCCAUCAACCCCCAAAGUGCUCCAGAUGGGGUAAUGAUUCUAUCUAGCAGAUCAAAGGAUGUGUCAUUUUUCUAACUAGCUCUAGACGCUUUACUGUAGAACACUGGUCAGUGCUCAGGAGACAACAGUUUCUGUUAUUGCCCCUGUCAAUCAGGCUCUGAUAUCUGCCUUGAAAGUAUGGUGUCAUCCUCUUUUAUCAUAUCAGUUACUAAGCCACCUGAACAACCCAAAAAUAAUACGUUGUCAUUUUUUCAGGACCUGAAUCAGGCAAAGGACGAGACAGAGGAAAAGCAGACCACUGGACCUCUAGAUGAGGCUACUGUCUAUGUCAAUGUGGUGUGGCCUGGGAAACUAUCACCAUUGUCAUGGAAGUCUACACUUCAGAAAAGUCUCCAGUCAUGGUUGAAUAAUAACUUAACAAAAACAGAUUGCACCGUGAAAAGGCUUUUGGACAACAGAAACGUGGCAGAAGUAAAGAUACAUCCCCCUUCAGGUUAGAAUGAUGGUGUAAAAUACAGUAAUACCUGUAUCAUUUCAAUGUUGAGGAGACACUCAAGCCAUAGAGGUGCUGCUAUGAGAAAAUUAUCUUCACUAACAUUGAUGCAAACAAUGUGUCCCUGAUUAAAUUCCCAAACACUUAGCAAAGGGUUUUUGCCAUGUUAGCAGGUUGGAUUUGGUAACAGGCAUUUCUGUCUUUUAUUCUAAGAGUUUUAAUUAUUAUUAUUGCGUGAUCAUGUGCUAUUAUUUAUCUGCCCUCUUUUAAGCCCUUGAGGACCUUCUGAAGUUGAAGGAAACACAGAUUACCAUAAAAGACAAGGCCAAGACGACAGCCACUGUGCAGUUUCACAGAGAUGUACCUCCAACAUUUAAAUCCUGGAAUCAAUCAAGCAGUAAACCCAGCUCAAUAGAAGUAUUGCCUCCAACAUCCUCACACACUCCACAGGAUGUAUGUAAAUGAAAUGUGUGAUUAUUUGACAGCAUUUUCAAAUCAACUAUAAUAUAAAAAGUAUAAAUGUAAAAUGUAUGUACAUAUUUUAAAUAUUAUAUUUCCCCCCUAGGUCAAAUGCCUAAUGACUGUAAGUGCUAGUCUUGACAUUGAUGGCUACAAACCUGAAGUACGAGCUGCCCUUCUCAGUCAGUACCACACCAUCAAUCACAAGUUAGCUGUAAAAGGGACCUUUGAUGAAGUGAAGCAGUUCCACAAGGAGGUGACCAAGAUCAUCAGGGAAGCGGAAGCCGAGCCAGAACGGGGUUGGAACGAUGGUGCAGACGCAGCACAAAGCAUGACUCACAAUGGAAAGAAGACCCAUGAAGACCCUGGGCAGAAGAAAAUGACCUGUGCAGUCCCACUAAUCCACUUUUGGUACUUGAACCAGGCCUACCGAAAGGAGAUGGAGGACAUAGAGAAAAGAAAUGGAGUCAAAAUCAAUGCAGAAGUGGAGGUGUACAUCAAAGAGGACCCACAGAAAACAGGCAGAGAUUUUAUGCUGACCAAAGCCCACCAGGAGUUCAUUGGCCUCUUCCAGAAGCGUGUAGUUGAUUUUGACAGCAUUUCCACCCAUCUGACACCUGUGGAUCCAGGAGACCUCAUGAAUACGCUGAGAAACAUCCAGAAUGAGGAGACCAGGCUGGUACUAAAUGUGUCUGCCAAUGGGUGUGAUGUGUUUGGGCCGAAUCAGAGCAUCGUGGCAGUCAGGAAGGCUAUUGGAAUGAAGACUACAGUAAUGACCUUUGGAAUGGAUCACAGCUACACAGAGAAAGCAUCUGAAUUUGCUGGGGGACCUGUUUUGAGAUCUCCAAAAACACCACGGAUGAUUAGGAUGGACAUCAAAGAUCCACUCUUGUCACAUGGGCUGGCCAUGGACCAGACUCACUGGGAUCUGAUGAAAUCUGCCUUUCAUGAGAAAAUAACAGCAAUCAAAAAUAAAUUUGGAGUGGAUUUCAUGGAGGAAAAGUCUCCAGGCAAGGUCAAAAUUAAAACCAGACCUACAACAUCAUCACACACUCCACUGGUUGUCUCUCUGGAAAGCCACGCCAUCAGAGCUCUCAUGCACCUCUACCAGAAGGUUGCGACAUCAGCGAUGAGCUGCCACCUGCUGGACCCUACCCAUGCAAAGACUGUGGGGGACAAGCUGGAGGAGAUCCACCCUCGACACCGCUGUGUCUGGGCAGGAGGAAACUACGGUCCCUGGAGGUUGAUCGGCCUACCGCAACAUUUGGGCCCUGCUGUCAAAGAGCUAGAGAUGAUGCUGAAAAGGCCUAUGUUUAAAGAAGAAGACAAGCACAAGAUUGGGUAUGCUGGAGACAGAUCCAGCGCUGGAGCAGCCACGGGGGGAGCAGCUGGAGAUGGAGGAGCAACAGGAGGGGUUGAAGAAGAUAAUUGCACCAUAUGCAUGGACACAUUUACCAACAAGAAGAAGUUGUCCUGCAGCCAUGAGUUUUGUGCAGAUUGUCUGAGGAAGGCAGUGGAAUUCUCAGGCCCCAGCUGUCCUUUGUGUAAGGCUGUGUUUGGAAAGGUGGUGGGAGACCAGCCUGAGGGAACAAUGAAAGUGAAAUAUGAAAGGUCACUCAGCAUACCUGGAUACCCUGGCUAUGGCGCGAUAGUUAUCAACUAUGAUAUACCAAAAGGAAAACAGACGGUAAAAGCCUUGAUUUUUUUAUUAUAAAUGUAACAAAUUACAGCACUGAAUUAUCUCCUAAUGCAUUAAUUUUUUACUAAUCACCACAGUGAGGGUUAACAGCAAAAUGUUUAACUAUACGGACAAAUUUUGUUUUCUUUACAUUUUCUGGCUUUAGAAUAAACAUCCCAAUCCUGGAGAGUGGUUCAGUGGGACCUGUAGAAUAGCUUAUCUACCGAACAAUGAGGAGGGCAACAAAGUGCUGAAGUUACUAGAGAGAGCUUUCGACCAGAAGCUGAUUUUCACAGUUGGGACCUCCAGAACCACUGGGACAGAUGACUGUGUGACAUGGAAUGACAUUCACCACAAGACCAACAUCAAUGGAGGGGCACAAAGGUAAAAUAUCUAAAACUAUGGAUAUGAUUAUAUUAACCUUCUGUAACAGUUGACAAUUAUUGUACAUUUUAUUCAUUUACAAAAGUUAACUGGAUAUUUUCCACUAACUUGAAAUGCCUAGUACCCUGCCUGGGGGAACAACACAUCAAGAUUGUGAUGUGUGCUUUGUGUUUUUCCACAGUUUUGGUUACCCUGACCCUAACUACCUCAGCAGAGUGAAGAAUGAGCUGAAAGCCAAAGGCAUUGAAUGA